AUGGGGGCACCUUUGCUAUCCCCGAGUAGCUCGCUUCUCUCGAAGCGUCAGCGGGAGGCGGUGGCCGAGAGUUCCAGAGCGGAGGCGGCCAAGAAGGCUCGCUGUGAUGGGACAGUCGGGACCAUCCAAGCGGCAGGGGGUCGGGAUGACGUUUCUCCGAUAAGGAUUCCUGGAGUGGCUCUGUCCGGGUCUGGAGUGGCUCCGUCUGGGUCUGGAGCCGUGCCGCCUGCCUCACCUGCCACAUCGGGGGCAGUUCAAGAGACUCCGAAGGACGCUCCUCUGCCGUCCGACGUGAGGUUACCGUCGGGAGUUCCAACGGCUUCUUUGCCCGCAUCACGAGGUGCGGUUGAGAAAGUGAUCUCUAUUCCUUCCGACGAAGAGGAAGAAGCUGGAGAUGAUGAGGGGCUUACGGGCUUAGCCGAUCAUGCCCGCGACAUCGCCGGCAAAGAGGGUCCUUCCUCUUGGGCGAAUCGCUCGUCUAGGGAGACGGGCGAAUCUAAGGAGGAUGACGACGACGCCUCCAUGCACGAGGCCCUGUCGAGUGAGGAAGAGGACUUGGCUCAUGAAGAUGCGACUGGUCAAAUAGGGGGAUCCCCUGCUCCUGCGGCGGUGUCUGCUGAGGAUCGUUUCUCAGUGCGAGAGUCACCGCUUCAAAGAGAGGUUUCUGCUCAGCAAGUGAUCACCUCCCUGUCGGGGGUCGCCGUUGAUGCCGUGAUUGCUGUUCCGAGGGCAUCAUUGGUCACACCGGCCCUGGCGACGCCAACUACUACUUCCACAGUUAUGGCCACCGGUGCUUCAACCGUGGUUCCAUCUAUGAUGGAAGAGGCUGCCCUCUCUCCCCUGGAGCGUGAGCGAAGAAAGAGUGCGGCACGAUCCGUGGCUGAAUUCCAUGACACUAUGGCUGCCUGCAUCAGGCUCGCGCUGGAAGAGAGUUGUCCUUUCGAGAGCUUCGAAGAAGAUAUCGACUACAUCAUAGGCUUCUUAAUCAAGAGGCUAAAGCAUUCUGGGGCGCAGCCUUAUUUUCAGCGUAAAGAGGCAGUGAAAGAAGCCAUCCAGCAGUUGCUUGCUCUUCGCGCGAAGAGUUCCACUCUUGUGGAUCUUGCCUCCGGCGAAGUCCGAGCGGUGGUGCAAGAGCGGGAUCGCCGUCUGAAUGAAACUAUGUCACUAGAGGCGAGAUUGUCGGAGGAAUUGGUGCAAGCCAAAGCUGAGAAUGAACGGAUGGUCCUUGAGCGACAGAAAGCUGACAACCGCGUUUCUCGCUUGUCUUCGGAGGUAGAGGCUCUGAAGCAGGUCAUAGCCAAGGCGCGGGCCUCAUUGGCUAUUCAAGAGAAGGCUCGUGAGCAGGCGGUCAAAGAGUUGGAGAACAUUGAAUCUCGCCAGCAGCUGACUGCCAAUUCAGUGGAGGAAAAGGAGCGAGCCCAUAAGGAAGCCAAAGAGACCGUUCAAGACUUGGCCUCGCGUACGGAUGAAGAUCUUCGCCGAGAGAUUCUAAGGAGGCUUGAACUUCGCCAUGCCGAAGAACUUCGUGAGGCGGAGCUGCGGUUAAAAUCUCUGUAA